AUGCCGCGUGCCAAAAGGGAAAAUUCCUCUGUUCUCAAACAAAAAAUUAUUCUAUACGGUGUCCGAUCUGCAGUGUUCGAUCCGGAUCAUGCAUUGAAGCAAAAUAGCAGCAGAGAAGAAUUUCAAGACUGGCCACAAACAUUUUUAGCAAUUGGGACAUUCGGCAACAAUGAGUUGGGGGAAGAUUCACAAAUAGCUCAAAGUUCUUCUGAAACUCAAGAAUCAUCACACAAAAUUUCAGAUCUCAACAUAGAAGAAGUUAUCAAAUUCCAGAAAGAAAUAAGCAAACUGCUAAAUCUCAAGCUCAGUUCAAGCACAUAUGGAACUGAAACGGCUGAAAUCCAGAGCGCUGAUCACUCAAUAAAUGAAUCUGUAAUUACUUCCUUAACUCUGGAAGCUGACAACACCAUUUCUUCACUCAAAAUCUGUAAGGGAUCAACAGAUGAUUCCGAAGAUUCCAAGUUCACCUUAAACAAAUUCGAACACAUGCUUUCUGAUGAUUGCAAUUGGAUCAGGCAAAGAUCACUCCCUUCCCUUCUCAAUAAAAUGUUUAUAAGCAGAAGCAGUUUUUCACCACAGCCAAGUUUAAGAGACUCAAUUUCUGAAUCAAAACUGAAGAAGAUUUUGAAGAAAAUAAUUCACAAAAAGAUUCAUCCCCGAACUGUAUCUCGACCCCCAACAAUGAAGUAUUUGCAGAAGAACAAUGAAGAAGAUAAGGUGGAGGAACGUUGA